ACUAAGGAAUUGUAAAACAAAGCUUAUUCUUUUGUCGGCCUGGCAAGGUAAUAAUAACAACAUGAUAGCAUACAAUAAAGAAAUGAAUUUUUGUAAAAGCUAAUUCUCGGUAUCAAUGUUGUUUUAUGUUAUUUUUUUUUUAUAUUCAACGGACGACGGAAUGAAUCAAAACAAUUAAGUUGCAUCCCGUCUUACAAGCAACUAUUUCGUCUUGCUUAUGGAGUAAAAUUUUCGAAAAAUGUGCACACGUCACCAGUAUAGUGCCCUUUCUUUCCCGGUAGAGAAAUGCAAAUCUAUUUAUCUGUAAGUUAAAUUAAACAUAAUUGGAUUCAAAAGAGUUUGUUGACCUUAAAAAAUAAAACAUGCGCUUUGUUGUUUAAUUUUGUUGCGACCAAAGUAAGAGCUUUCUUUGAUAUGGAAACCUAAUACUGCAAUGAAGCGUUGCUCCGUUGAUUGCUGACAGCUGAUGUCACUUGACGCCGUCCGGCGCCAGUAAUACUAGCUACUGCUACUUGGCUAUAUUGUUGAAUUCUAGCCUAGCCAUAAUUUCCUACUUGUGAAAGAACAUUGACUAGUGUCCAUUUCACGCGUGAUACAAUGUUUCGACACAAAUGACCAACAAAGAAUUAGUCAGUUCUUGUCAACUCUUCGACUCGAAAAGUGCUCGUUUAUACUUUUCUCUUUUCCCCGUGAAUUCAAGUGUUUGCGUCCGUGUUUGUGAAUUGUCUGUUAUAUUUCACUCUUUUUAUUUGAUGUGUCUGUAGAAAAGAAAUACAGAAAAAAUACUACUGAGGAAACUGAAACGACUCACCCGAGAUUAGAUUCGUCCGUCAUUCGCAUGCCAAUUGAUAACAAUUUUUGUUGGAAAAAGAUCCUAAAAUUAAAAACCGAGUUACAUCAACGCAAAUCACUCAACUGAGAAAAAAAUUUAAGAAAAGGAAUGGAAAUAAAAUUAUUCAAAUUAUUGGAAGCAUCAAAUGUAGACCUGGAAGAAGUCAAAGCUCUGAUAGACGAAGGUGUCGAUAUUAAUUGCGUAAACAAAGAAGGAUCGACACCAUUUCUUCAUCUUAUGGAGGGAUGCAGCACUAAAACCAAUUUGAAAGAAACCAUGCAGUUUUUGAUCAACAACAAAGUCAAUGUCAACAGCAAAGACAAAGAUGAGUGGAACGCCCUUCAUUUCUUGUGCAGGCUUUAUGGAAAACCAGAUUUGAUUGACUUAAUUCAAAUGUUGGUUAAACACGGAAUUGACGUCGACUCAACUGAUAACAAAGGACAAAAUGCUCUUCAUUUCGUGUGCGAUAAUUACAAAAAAGAUAAUCUAACUGAAAUAAUUAAAGUAUUAAGUGAAAACGGAUUAAAAGUCGAUACCAAGAACAAGAUAGAAUGGAAUGCCCUUCAUAUUGUUUGCCGAUUUUACGAGAAAGAGAAUUUGAUUGGUGUAGUUCGAUUGCUGAUUGAAAAAGGAAUUGAAGUUAAUUGCACCAACAACUACGAAGAUACCGCCCUUAUCACGUUGUGUCGAUAUUACAAAUUUAAUGAAUGGAUCGAGAUAAUUCGCCUGUUCAUUGAACACGGAAUCGAUGUCAGAAAGACGAACUAUGAAGGAUGGAAUGCUCUACAUAGCAUAUGCAAAACAGUACAUAAAGAACUAAACUUAAUUGACGAAAUUCGGGUCAUGAUCGAAAAUGGAAUUGACGUCAACUCGACUAACGACGGUGGCUGGAAUGCCCUUCAUAUUUUAUGUCAGAAUUACAAGAAAAAGAAUUUGAUAGAAAUUAUUCGCCUUUUUAUCCAAAACGGAAUUGACGUCAGCUCGACUAACGACGGCGGCUGGAAUGCCCUUCAUAUUUUAUGUCACAAUUACGAGGAAGAAAAUUUAAUUGAAAUUAUUCAAAUUUUUAUCCGAAAUGGAAUUGACGUCAACUCGGCAAACGACGACGGGUGGAAUGCAUUGCAAAUUUUGUGCCAAAACAACAAAAAUGACUAUUUGAUUGACAUUAUUCGGCUUUUUAUUCAACAUAAAACUGACGUCAACUGGAAGAACAACAAAAAAUGGAACGUUCUUCAAUUGUUAUGUAAAAACUAUUCCAACGAUAAUCUUAUCAACAUUGUCCAACUUCUAAUCGAUAACAAAAUUGAUGUCAAUCACAAAGCAAACGGAGGAAAUGCCCUUCAUUUAUUGUGUAGAUAUUACCCAAAUGAAAAUAUUAUCGACAUGUUUAAGCUGUUGAUUACCAACGGUAUAACCGUGAAACAGAAUGGCAUCGAUCCGCGAAUCCUAAUCCGUCAAAACCGCAAUCAAGAAAAUAACAUCAGUGCCCUUCAAUUUCUUAAUCAAUAUUUGUAGCUCAGAUAAAAUGACUUUUCAUACUUCUUCGUGGAAACUGCAAGGAUAUAAACGUCAACGACAUAAACCAAUGGACAAUCUAAUUUUUUAACUAAUGAAUGAGAAUUGGACCAAACAAUCUGAAUCUAAAUUCGAGGCAUGAACACAUGUAGAAAAAUGCAUGGAAAUAACUACUGUUUAAUUAUGAAUAACGUUCGAUAAUUUUAAUCAGACCGCAAACAACAACAAAAUGAGCCAUGCCUUAUCAACUUGUCAUGUUUGCUUGCUCUCGUCGUUGAAUUACAGAUGGCAUUAGAAUCUAUCGAUAGCAGUUAGCAGUCUAUUCGUUGAGUGCUGGCUAUGCUAUUUUACUCCGGUUUCAAGGAUUAGACCAUUAUCGCAUCCUGUUUGUAUUUUGGCAAACAUAACAAUUCAGAAACGUUUGAUGACUAUGUAAUGUCCCACGCAAUUGAUGCCCAUUCUUCAUUUCUGUACACUCCACAACAAUAAUAAUAAUGUCGAUAAAAAUUUGUCAGACAGAAGCUACACCCUGAAGGACGCAUUUUCACAAACCCAAUAUAUAUUUUAUUUUAAGUAAAAUUUACAAAGUCAGUCAAUUGAAAAGAAAAGUGUUUCCCGGAGUCCCUACAGCGUUGUAUGUACCGCAAUUAGCCAAUUUAGCAGAGCAUAAGCAAGUUCUCCAGUUUGACGUUUGCUGCUGAUAACGAAAUGAUAUCACAAACAUCUAAUAUUGACUUAGUUUUUUAUCUGUUAACCGUUCUUUUUACCGUGGUCGUUUUCCGACAUUACAUUACAAGUACAUGCAACAUUACGCGGGACGUUUUCUACGUUCUAGCAGAGGUACCACUCAGUUGCAUGAAAUUAUCUCAACUAAUAGCUAGUCGUGAGUUUGUUCGAUUCCCUUAAGUUUCUGUUGCAAAAAAAAACAAAAACAAAAUACAAUUUGAAGUUAACGACAAAAAACCUGUCAUAAAAAACUGAAACGGUCUUUGUGUCCUACAGUUUCAAUUGUUUCGAUAAAUUUGUGACGAAAUGCAGGAAUUGCAAAGCAUAGAGUUAGACGAAAGUUAUCUAAUAGGACAUGGCGGUUCCGGUAAGGUUUUUUUCGGUAGAUUUGAAGGAAAAAAAGUUGCCGUGAAAAGAGUUGACUUAAUGGACACUGACGAACGAGAAGAAGAGGCUCUAAAAAAGUUAAACCACUUGAACGUCGUCAAACUCUAUCAUGUCGAAAGUCACAAAGUAUUCAAGUACUUUGCUUUAGAAUUAUGCGACGCAUCACUGGAUCAGCUGUUUCUUAAAGAUGGUCAUUCCAAAAAAUAUAAAGGACCACCAUUACCUCACCAUUUUACAGUUCUGCUGCAGUUGGCUUCUGGUCUCGAGCACAUUCAUUCAAAAAACUUAAUUCAUCGAGACAUUAAACCAGAAAAUGUUCUCAUUCACAUUGGGUCUGAUAAAACGGUAACAAUGAAAUGGGCUGAUUUUGGGCUCUCCAAGCCAGUGAAUGAGCGAGGGACAUUCACGUUGAGCGGAUUAAGAGGAACAGCCAAUUGGAUGGCACCAGAAUUGUUGAACAGCUUUGGAGACAAUGAGGGACCGAUAAGAGGAACCAUUAGAAGUGACAUAUUUGCAGAAGGACUCGUUUUAGGCUAUUUUCUCGCUAAUGGUCUUCAUCCUUUUGGCUCUGACGAUUUCAAAGUUGCUUCCAACAUAAAAAAAAAUAAACCAGUCCAUUUGAAAAAAAUUCAACCACCAUCCGCUCAGGAGUUAAUAAUAAAAAUGUUGGAAAAUAAUCCCGAAAACAGAAGUACAUCAACAGAAGUCGUUCUGCAGAUAGAAAAAAUAAAACAGAUGGAAAUCAAACUAUUCAAAUUGUUGGGAGCACCAUAUGUAGACUUGGAAGAAGUCAAAUCUUUGAUAGACGAAGGUGUCGAUAUCAAUUGCGCUAAUGAAGAAGGAUUCACACCAUUUCUUCAUCUUAUAAAGGGAUGCAACACGAAAACCAAUUUGAAAGAGACUAUGCAGUUUUUAAUUGAAAACAAAAUCCAUGUUAACAGCAAAGACAACGAUGGAUGGAACGCCCUUCAUUUCUUGUGCAGGCUUUACGGAAAACCAGAUUUGAUUGACUUAAUUCAAAUGUUGGUUAGAAGCGAAAUGGGCGUUGCCUCAACUGACAAUGAAGGACGAAAUGCUCUUCAUUUAUUAUGUAAACAUUACAGACUAAACAAUCUAGACGCCAUUAUCGUCAUUUUGAUUGACAAUGGAAUAGAUGCCAAAAGUUAUACCAAGGAAAAUUGGAAUGCCCUUCAUUUUUCAUGUAUAUACUACGGACGAGAAAAUUUGAUUGGCGUAGUUAAACUGCUAAUUGAAAGAGGAAUCGACGUAAAUUUGAAAAAUAAUUCUGGAGAAACCGCUCUGCAAGCAUUGUGUCGAAAUUAUCGAUACGCUAAGUGGAUUAAGAUAAUUCAAAUGCUAAUUCAAUCUGGGACGGAUGUCAACAACAGAAACUACGAAGGAUGGAAUGCACUACAUACGAUAUGUAAAUCAAACCAUUACAAUCGUGACUUAUUUAAAGAAAUUCGGCUCUUAAUUCAUCAUGGAAUUGACGUUAGCUCGACCAAUGACUAUGGCUGGAAUGCCCUUCAUAUUUUAUGUCAAAAUUACGGGAAAGGAAAUUUAAUCGAUAUUAUUCGCCUUUUAACCCAAAAUGGAGUAGACAUCAACUCGACUUAUCAUGGCGACUGGAAUGCCCUUCAUAUUUUAUGCAAGAAUUACAAGAAAGAAAAUUUAAUCGACAUUAUUCGCCUUUUAAUCCAAAAUGGAAUUGAAGUCAACUCGACUAAUCGCGGUGGCUGGAAUGCCCUUCAUAUUUUAUGUAGGAAUUACAAGAAAGAAAAUUUAAUUGAAAUUAUUCGCCUUCUUAUCCAAAAUGGAAUUGAAGUCAACUCGACUAACGACGUCGGCUGCAAUGUGCUUCAUAUUUUGUGUAAAAAUUACGGGAAAGGAAAUUUAAUCGAUAUUAUUCGCCUUUUGAUCCAAAACGGAAUUGAUGUCAACUCCACUAAUGAAGACGGCUGGAAUGUCCUUCAUAUGUUAUGCAAAAAUUACAAGAAAAAAAAGGUAGCUGAUAUUAUUCACCUUUUAAUCCAAAAUGGAAUUAAGGAAAACUCUGCGACGACAAAUGGAAUGCAUUGCGGAUUUUGUGCCGAAGCUAUAAAAAUGGCAAUUUGAUAUAUAUAUGUUUCGGCUUUUUAUUCAACAGAAAAUUGACGUCAACAUUCUAACGAUAACCUCAUCAACACUGUACAACUUCUAAUCGAAAAAAAUAUUGAUGACAAUCACACGGCAAACGGAGGAAAUGCCCUUCAUUUAUUGUGUAAAUAUUAUCCAAGUGAAAAUAUUAUCGACAUAUUCCAGCUGUUAAUUACCAACGGAAUAGUCGUGAA